AUGCCUAGCCUUGCGGAGGCGAGGGCGGCGGGGCGCGCGGUGGCCCUGGCUCUGGCGCUGCUGCUGCCCGCGGUGCCCGGCGCCCCGCCGCGGCCCCUGCUCACACUGCAGCCCGGCAUGCCCCACGUGUGUGCCGAGCAGGAGCUGACCCUGGUGGGCCGCCGCCAGCCCUGUGUGCGGACCUUCAGCCGCAUGGUGCCCGUGUGGAAGCCGGGAUGCGGGUGGCAGGCGUGGUGCGUCAGCCACGAGCGGAGGACCAUCUACUACAUGGGCUACAGGCAGGUGUACGCCACGGAGGCCCGGACCGUGUUCAGGUGCUGCCGAGGGUGGACCCAGCAGCCCGGCGAGGAGGGCUGCCUCUCCCACGUGGACGAGUACACCAGUGCCAACAGGGGCUGUGAGGGCCUGUGCUGCAACACCGUGGGGGGCUUCUGCUGCUGUCCCCUCAGCCACCAGCUGCAGGGAGAUGGCAAGACCUGCCAAGAUGUGGACGAGUGCCAGGCACACAAUGGCGGCUGCCAGCACAGGUGCGUGAACACCCCGGGCUCCUACCUCUGCGAGUGCAAGCCCAGCUUCCGGCUCCACACGGACGGCAGGACCUGCCUGGCCAUCAACUCCUGCUCCCUGGGCAAUGGUGGCUGCCAGCACCGCUGUGUCCAGCUCACGGCGACCCAGCACCGCUGCCAGUGCCGGCCUGAGUUCCAGCUGCAGGACGAUGGCAGACGCUGUGUCCGGAGAAGCCCGUGUGCGGAUGGGAACGGCGGCUGCAUGCACACGUGCAGGGCGCUCCGGGGCCUGGCCCACUGUGAGUGCCACACGGGCUACCGGCUGGCAGGGGACCGCAAGGCCUGCGAAGACGUGGACGAAUGUGCCAUGGGGCUGGCCCAGUGUGCCCACGCCUGCCUCAACACUCGAGGAUCCUUUAAGUGCGUGUGCCACACAGGCUACGAGCUGGGCGCUGAUGGCUGGCAAUGCUACCGGAUUGAGAUGGAGAUUGUAAACAGCUGCGAGGUCAACAACGGCGGUUGCUCCCAUGGCUGCAGCCACAGCAGCACGGGGCCCCUCUGUACCUGCCCCCGUGGCUACGAGCUGGACGAGGACCAGAAGACCUGCAUCGAUGUUGACGACUGUGCCAACUCCCCGUGCUGCCAGCAGGUGUGCACCAACAACCCCGGUGGGUACGAGUGUGGCUGCUACGCCGGCUUCCGGCUCAGCACCGAUGGCUGCAGCUGUGAGGAUGUGGAUGAGUGUGCUUCUGGCCGCGGUGGCUGUGGGCACCACUGUGCCAACCUGGCUGGCUCCUUCCAAUGCUCCUGCGAGGCCGGCUACCGGCUGGACGAGGACCGCCGGGGCUGCACCCCCCUGGAGGAGCCCACGGUGGACCUAGAGGUGCCCACGGUGGACCUAGAGGUCCAGCUGCCCUUUGUGCGGCCACUGCCCCACAUCGCGGUGCUCCGGGACGAGCUGCCGCAGCUCUUCCAGGACGACUACGGCGGGGCCGACGAGGAGGAGGCGGAGUUGCGGGGCGAACACACACUCACAGAGAAGUUUGUCUGCCUGGGUGACACCUUCGGCCACGACUGCAGCUUGACCUGCGAUGACUGCAGGAACGGAGGGGUCUGCCUCCCGGGCCUGGAUGGCUGUGACUGCCCAGAGGGCUGGACUGGGACCAUCUGCAAUCAGACUUGUCCUGAAGACACUUUUGGGAGGAACUGCAGCCUCUCCUGCAGCUGUGAGAACGGCGGGACCUGUGACCCUGUGACGGGGGCCUGCCGCUGCCCCCCGGGUGUCAGUGGAGCCCACUGCGAGGACGGCUGCCCCAAGGGCUUCUAUGGCAAGCACUGUCACAAAAAAUGCCACUGUGCCAACCGGGGUCGGUGCCACCGCCUCUAUGGGGCCUGCCUCUGUGACCCAGGGCUCUACGGCCGCUUCUGCCAUCUUGCCUGCCCGCCGUGGGCCUUCGGGCCGGGCUGCUCGGAGGAGUGCCGGUGCGUACAGCCCAACACGCAGUCGUGCGACAGGAAGGAUGGCAGCUGCUCCUGCAAGGCGGGCUUCCGGGGCGAGCGGUGCCAGGACGAGUGCGAGCCGGGCUUCUUCGGGCCGGGGUGCCGGCACGCGUGCACCUGCCCACCAGGUGUGGCUUGUGACCCUGUGAGUGGCGAAUGUCGGAAGCAGUGUCCUGCCGGCUACCGGGGGGAGGACUGUGGCCAAGAGUGCCCAGCAGGGACGUUCGGUGUGAACUGCUCGGGCUCCUGCUCCUGUCAGGGAGCCCCCUGCCACCGGGUUAUGGGGCAGUGCCUGUGCCCGCCAGGGAGGACAGGGGAAGACUGCGGGGCAGAUUGUCCCGAGGGCCGCUGGGGGCUUGGCUGCCAGGAGAUCUGCCCCAUGUGUGAACAUGGCACUGGCUGUGACCCCGAGACUGGAGCCUGCCUGUGCCGCCCGGGCUUCGUUGGCUCCCGCUGCCAGGACGCAUGCCCAGCAGGCUGGUUUGGGCCUGGCUGCCAGAUGAGGUGCUCUUGUGCCAACGACGGGCACUGCCACCCAGCCACGGGACGCUGCAGCUGUGCCCCCGGGUGGACCGGCCUCAGCUGCCAGAGAGCCUGUGACAGCGAGCACUGGGGACCCGACUGCAGCUACCCCUGCAACUGCAGCGCAGGCCACGGGAGCUGCGACACCACCAGUGGCCUGUGCCUGUGUGAGGCCGGCUAUGUGGGCCCGCGGUGCGAGCAGCGGUGUCCCCAGGGCCACUUCGGGCCUGGCUGUGAGCGGCAGUGCCUGUGUGAGCACGGGGCAGCCUGUGACCACGUCAGCGGGGCCUGCACCUGCCCGGCCGGCUGGAGGGGAACCUUCUGCGAGCGUGCCUGCCCGGCCGGCUUCUUCGGGUUGGACUGCCGCAGCGCCUGCAACUGCACCGCGGGAGCCGCCUGCGAUGCCGUGAGUGGCUCCUGCUUCUGCCCCGCCGGCCGCCGUGGCCCCCGCUGCAGCCAGACCUGCCCAGCUCUAACCUACGGGCACAACUGCAGCCAGGCCUGCAUCUGCUUUAACGGGGCAUCCUGUGACCCCGUCCAUGGGCAGUGCCGCUGUGCCCCUGGCUGGAUGGGGCCUACCUGCCUGCAGGCCUGCCCCACCGGCCUGUACGGCGAGGACUGUCGACAUUCCUGCCUCUGCCAGAACGGAGGGACCUGCGACCCUGUCUCAGGCCACUGUGAAUGCUCAGAGGGCUGGGCUGGCCUGGCCUGUGAGAACGAGUGCCUCCCUGGGCGCUUCGGAGCUGGCUGCCAACACAGCUGCAGCUGCGAAAACGAUGGCCUCUGUGACCGGCACACGGGCCGCUGCCUCUGCCUGGCUGGCUGGACUGGGGACAAGUGCCAGAGCUCCUGUGCCGAGGGCACGUUUGGAGCUCGCUGUGAGGAGCGCUGUGCCUGUCGGCGGGGAGCCACCUGCCACCACAUCACCGGGGCCUGCCUCUGUCCCCCAGGAUGGAGGGGCUUGCGGUGUGAGAAUGCCUGUCCACGCGGCUGGUUCGGAGAGGCCUGUGGCCAGCGCUGCCACUGCCCGCCUGGUGCCCCCUGCCACCACGUCACCGGGGAGUGCCGCUGUCCACCCGGCUUCACUGGGCCCGGCUGCGAGCAGGCCUGUCUGCCUGGCACCUUUGGGGAGGACUGUGGGCGCAUGUGCCGGUGUCCCGGCGAGAACCAGGCCUGCCAUCCCACCACGGGGGCCUGCAUGUGUGCUGCUGGCUACCAUGGCACCGGCUGCCAGCAACGAUGCCCGCCUGGGUGGUACGGGCCAGGCUGUGAGCAGCUGUGUGGGUGUCUCAACGGGGGCUCCUGCGAUGCGGCCACGGGGGCCUGCCGCUGCCCCACCGGGUUCCUUGGGGCCAACUGCAGCCUCACCUGUCCACAGGGCCGCUUCGGCCCCAACUGUGCCCAUGUGUGCGUGUGUGGGCAGGGGGCGUCCUGCGACCCUGUGACCGGCACCUGCAUCUGUCCCCCGGGGAGGGCCGGCGUCCACUGUGAGCACGGCUGUGCCCAGGACCGGUUUGGCGUGGGCUGCGAGCGCAAGUGCGUCUGCAGAAACGGGGGCCGCUGCAACGCCGCCAACGGCAGCUGCUCCUGUGGCCUGGGCUGGACGGGGCCACACUGCGAGCUGGCCUGUCCCCCUGGGCGCUACGGAGCUGCCUGCCGCCUGGAGUGUUCCUGUCACAACAACGGCACGUGUGAGCCCACCACGGGGGCCUGUCACUGUGGCCCGGGCUUCUAUGGCCAGGCCUGUGAGCACUCCUGUCCGCCUGGCUUCCAUGGUGCUGGCUGCCAGGCAGCGUGUGAGUGUCAGCACGGAGCCCCUUGUGACCCCAUCAGCGGCCAGUGCCUCUGCUCUGCUGGCUUCCAGGGCCAGUUCUGCGAGAGGGGGUGCGAGCCAGGCUCAUUCGGAGAGGGCUGCCGCCAACGGUGUGUCUGUGACAGGGAGGCACCCUGUGAUCCUGUCACUGGCCUCUGCCUUUGCCCUCCAGGAUCCACAGGAGCAAUGUGUGAGCUGGAUUGUAGAGGGGGCUACUUUGGGCCGGGCUGUGCUCUGCACUGUGACUGCGGGGGUGGAUCUGACUGCGACCCUGUCAGUGGGCAGUGCCACUGUGUGGAUGGCUACAUGGGGCCCACGUGCCGGGAAGGUGGCCCCCCUCAGCUCCCCGAGAGCCCAUCCCGAGCCCAGGGCCCAGCGGCCACACACCCACCCUCCAGCAGACCAACAUCUGGGCUCAGCAGUAGGGUGUCAAGGGCUGUGGACACCUGUGCAGCCUAUGGCUCGGCCUGGGACUGCUGCAGCUCAGCCGCCGUAGACCUGGAAACGCAGCCCGGCCCCUAUUUAUGUGGAGGUGUUCGUGGGCAGCUGCGCAAGCCCGCCGCAGCCCUGGGUUGGCUGGAAGCUGCCCUUCCAUCUCUUGCCCACAUGCAGGUCUGCAGGGCCGUGAGGGGUCUCCAGGCCGCGGCUCAGGAUGGCCCUGCUCAGGCUGCCAGAGGCCAUGAGGAGAGGACCUGGCCCUCCCUCCUGGUGCACAACUCCUCCCCCCCUGGCUCAGUGGGCCAGGCUCAGAGCAGCUCCCCCUCACUCAGCCCCUGGCCCAGCCCCCUCCCACUGGUCCAGGCCAACUCCACUCCCUCCUGCACCUGGUCCUGCAGCGGUGCCAGGGCUGGGGACGCAGAAGCUGGCCUCCCAGCAUCACCAUAUCUGGCUCAUGUCUGGCACUCCCCAAGCCGAGAGGCAGCAGCACCCACUGGCAUGGAGCCCGGGAAGGCUGGCAGGGGCUUCCUGGCAGGCCGGGGACCACUCCUCCCACCUGGCCUAGCCCAGGCUGGCCGACCAGCUCAGGGCUGCCUCUCCUGCCUGCAGGUCCCAGGAGGAGACGGGCUAGGAGGGGAGGCCUGUGGGGGUGGGGCUGCCUCCAGGGAGCUCUCCGAAGGCUCUGCUGAAGCGCCAAGUCCUCAGACCCACUGGCCCGGUGGGCCCUUUGAGGUCCGGCUGUUACUGCUCCUGAGCUCCAGCCAGUGGACAGAUGUGCCAGAGCCAAGGACAAGCAUCGGGGACCAUACAUGGGGGGGCCCAGGCCCAGCCCAUGGCACCUCGGCAAUUUCCCUGGGACACAGACUGUCAUAG